UUCGACAAACGACAAAUAAUAAUACUUAAAACUUUAGAAAAGUAAUUUUAUAUGUAAAGUAAUGUUUGAGUUACGGUCGAUUUGUAUGUAUUUCAAAUAUUAGUUUUUAACGCGUCAUAACUGUCAAUAAAAAUAGUAAUUAGAAAGAGCGAAAAGAGGAAAAAUGUACAAUGUCUAAGAGGAUAUAAUUAAUCGGAAAAAAAUCACAGUACGAUCAGUAGCAUAUACAAUACGUGUACGUAUGAAAAAAAAAUUUAAAUAAUGAAAUGUUAUUAAAAUUGAUAAUUGAUGCGUAUCGAUUAUUGAACUUUGGUUAAAUACUGCUCAUUGUUUUGAUACUGAAGUAACGCAUUGAAUAAAGUUAUCUGAAUAUUGCAAAUAUUCCAUAUUUAAAAUGGAACAACGUUCAGAAUUUGUGGAUUUACUGCUUGCAAGACGUAAAGAUUAUGAUAUUUUAUGGGCUUCUCGGUCAAUGGAUCCAUUAUCACCACAUAAACUUCCAAUGGAAUCUAAAUAUUCUAGAAAUGAAAUGAUUCAAGCAGUUUUAAAUGAUGAAAAAAUUAAAUUGGCAAUUAUUUCUUUGGCUGCAAUACGCCAAAUAGAUGUCAAAAAAGUUAUUAAAGAGGCUUAUGAUAUAAUAAAUGAAAUGGCUAGCAAAGAAAAUUUACUCACUGUUCGUUUCAUGGGUUUAAUUAUUACAAAAGUUCUUAAAAGAAUUUUUGUGAGCAUUUAUGUUAAUGAAAAAGCAAUAUACAAGAUGAAAAAAGAGAUGCAAAUUUCUCAGAUACAAUAUGUUUAUGCACCUUCGCACAGAAGUUAUUUAGAUUUUGUAGUGUUAUCAUAUGUCUUAUUUUCCUAUGACAUGGCACUUCCAAACAUUGCAAGUGGAAUGGAUUUUUAUCACAUGUAUGUAAUAGGAGAAUUAUUCAGAAAAUCAGGAUCUUUUUAUAUGCGGCGCAGUUUUUCUAAUGAUCCAUUGUAUAAAAAAAUAUUUAAUGCAUAUGUAAUGUCUUUAGUAAAACAUAGUGAUAGAGCAAUUGAAUUUUUCAUUGAAGGCACUCGAAGUAGAAGUUUGAAGAGCAUAAUACCAAAGUUUGGUCUUUUGUCAACUAUUUUGGAGAGUUUAUUAGAAGGCAGUGUACCUGAUAUAUAUUUUAUACCUAUUAGUAUUAAUUAUGAACGACCACCAGAAGAAUUGUUAUUUACAUAUGAGCUUUUGGGAGUGCCAAAACCAAAAGAAUCUACUGUUGGUUUACUCCAAUCUCUAUCUAUUUUACAGAAGUCAUAUGCCUAUGGAUCUAUUGUUUUUAAUGUUAAUGAACCUAUUUCUGCAUGCCAAUUUUUAAGUAUGGAACAUCGCAAAGAAAAAGUAUUAUCACCUUAUACAAAACUACCAACAUCUGUUGUUAAAAAUCUAGCUUAUUGCAUAAUAGAUUCACAUAAAAAAAAUACAAUACUUAUGCCUUUUAAUUUAAUUGCUUUAUUAUUUAAUGAAAAAAGUCAAAUGCAUUCAGAUAAUCCAUAUACAUUAGAUGAAUUAGUCAGUGACUAUUUAUGGUGUAAAAGGCUUCUGCAAGUAUUUAAUGCUACAGUAUAUAUAGAAAGGUCAUUUGAUAUAAAUGAUCAAAAUACAGGCAAUGUAAAACAAGAAAUAUUAAAUAGUUUAAAAUCUCAUGAAGAGUUACUUAUAAUUGAUACAUCAAACAUUUUGAGACUCAAAGAGAGACAUAGAAUAACAAAGCUGAAAAACAAUAUCCGUGUUAAAGGUCAUACUCUAUUAGAAAAAACUAUGAGAAUAGCUGUACCUGUCAUUAAUGUUUCAAUUUAUCUAAAUCCAACUUUAUCUUUUUUAAUAAAACCAGCUAUUGUUACUGUUGCUAUAGGAAUAGAAGGAAAUAAGCUCGGAAACGUAUUUAAACGAUAUGUAUUAUUAAGAAAGCUAUUGACCACAGAAUUUGCAAUGCCUUUAAUAGAAGACGAAUCUGUGAUAAAAUCUGAAUGGGAAGAAACAUUAAAUUUAUUAUUAAGACAAAAUUAUAUAAGUAUUCAAAAUAAUACAUAUGUACAAAGAAAAGAUACUAAAGUAUUCUCCCUUCUCUAUAAUGUAAUAUUACCAUUUAUAGACACAAUAUAUAUUACAUGUCUUGUUCUAUUUGAGUGGGAUGAAUCAAAAUCAACUCAUAUAACGAUACAAGAGGUAUUGAUUGAAGCACAGAAACAGAUAGAAAAAGCAUUUCUUGAACAACGUCAAUGGGGACAACAUCCUUAUUCUUUAUCAAUUGAUUUGAUUAAUACAACAAUAAGUAAUCUUGUAACACAAGGUAUUCUGAUACUAGAUGAGAAACGAAAGUAUCUAGUAAACAAAAUCGAAAUAAUACAGAUUCUUGUACAAUUGCAAAAUCUUUCGCUAAAACGACCAUUAGGUUCAUAUCUUAAUGCAAUAUUACUGCCUCUAUUACCACCACCUAUGUCUGCUAAAUUGUAAAAAUAGGAUAUAUAGAAUAAAAUUGAGAAGAUAUGUAUUAAAAUAA